CCGCGUAUUAUCUGAAUCAAAGAAGAGCGAACAACUCUCUCAUGCGUCCGACCCAAUUCAAUCUCCGGAUUGUAGUUAAUCCGGUGUUGCGGCUAUGCCCGCCGCCGUUUGUUGCCGUCUGUCUUCUCUUCCCUCCGCCUCUCUUUUCCUGCCCGACAACUCUAGGGUUUCGCUUCUGAAGCGUCCCUUACUCCGGCUAUCGCUUAACUGGACCUCUCCUCGUGUUCGAUUUCAAGCCGGGUUUCCAAUUAACAAAUGGAGAUUUUCCUGUUAUAGGCAUGAAAACUUUUCAUCCGAGGAUCCUACCUCAGAGCUCAUCAAGGAUGCAUUUUCAGAAGAUUUGGUGAAGUCCAACUGUGACCAAUCCAAAGACGUAAAUAGAGACUGGCUUUCAAAUAUCCAUAAGGGUGCAAAUGCAAUUCUUGGUGCGGAGCCUUGGACAGUCCCCUGGACAGGGAAGACCAUUAUUCAGGCUAUGCUGCUAUGGAUUGCAUCAUUUUGGUUAGUAGGAUCCUGGAUAGUUCCGUUUCUGGCAUACACAGCAGGGUUCAGAAAAGAGUCUCUUACAUACAGAGGACAGGCUUUGUACAGCCUCUUAACAGAUGUUGCUGAAGGCUUGGUUGGGAUAGCAAUACUUCAGCGCUGCCUCGCAAAGUUUCAACCACUUCCAUCCGACUGGUUCAAAUUUAGACUCAAAGGCAAAUGGCCGUUUGAUGUUGGUAUUGGCUGCUUCAUGUUCCCCCUUAUCAACCGCCUGUCCCAAGUGAAUCUAAAUUUACUGCCCAUUCUUCCAUCUAGUCCUGUGACUAUUUCGAGUGUAGAACAGUCAAUUGUGGCAAGAGACCCAGUGGCAAUGGCCCUCUAUGCAGUGGUGGUCUCAGUUUGUGCCCCCAUAUGGGAAGAGAUCGUCUUCCGAGGUUUCCUACUUCCAUCUUUAACAAAGUAUAUGCCUGUAUGGUGUGCUAUAUUAGUUAGCUCUGUAGCUUUUGCCCUGGCACAUUUUAACUUGCAGAGAAUGCUGCCUCUUGUAUUUCUUGGCAUGGUGAUGGGUGUUGUCUUUGUAAGGUCAAGGAACCUCUUACCAUCAAUGUUGUUGCAUAGUUUGUGGAAUGCUUUUGUAUUUCUUGACCUCAUGAAAUGAAAGGCUGUGCAUUAUUUUUCCA